AUGGAGGACCAGUUCAUUCCUGCGUUAGAGGACAGCAGAGCUUUGCUCCUAAAUGUCUCCAAGGUGAUGGUGGACUCCGGCGCGGAGCGGCACCAGUACGCAGUCUGGCUCCCCGGCAUCGGGAUCGCUGCCGUCUACGGGAUGAUCAUCCUCGUGGGUCUGAUCGGGAAUGUCACGCUGAUGAAGACGUGUCUGCUGGUGAAGUCCAUGCGCACGGUGCCCAACCUGUUCCUGUCCAGCCUGGCUCUGGGGGACCUGUUGCUGCUGGUGACCUGCGCCCCUGUUGAUGCCAGCCGCUAUCUAGUGGACGAAUGGCUGUUCGGGCGCGUGGGCUGCAAGCUGAUCCCCUUCAUCCAGCUCACCUCGGUCGGGGUCUCCGUUUUCACCCUGACUGCGCUCUCUGCUGACCGGUACAAAGCAAUUGUCAAACCCCUGGACAUCAACAGAUCCAAGGCCACACUGAGCAUCAGUCUCCGUGUGGCUAUGAUCUGGCUGCUGUCCGUCACUCUGGCCAUUCCCGAGGCCAUCUUCUCCGACCUGCACUCCUUCACCACCAGCGACACGAACGAGACGUUUGUAACAUGCGCUCCCUACCCCCACGCUGGAGAGUUGCAUCCAAAGAUCCACUCCACUGCCUCCUUCCUCAUCUUCUACAUCAUCCCCCUACUCAUCAUUUCUGUUUACUACUUCUUCAUCGCUAACAGUCUGAUCAGGAGCUCAGCUGAAAUCCCUGCUGAGGGACAUCUGCAUCUGCAGAAACAGAUCAAGUCCAGGAAGCGUUUGGCCAAAACCGUGCUGGUGUUUGUCGGCUUGUUUGCUCUCUGCUGGCUCCCAAGUCAUGUCAUCUACCUUUACCGCUCCUACCACUAUGACCAGGUGGACACCUCUCUGGCUCACUUCAUUGCCAGUGUGUGCGCACGCAUCUUGGCAUUCACCAACUCCUGCAUAAACCCAUUCGCUCUGUACCUGAUGAGCAAGAGUUUCAGCAAGCACUUCAGGAAUCAGCUGGUGUGCUGCAGCUCUCCCAGACGCCUGUACAGCCAAAACAGUGCAACCACAAAUGUAACCUCCGUCUGAGGCUGUCCCGUGUCACCCAAACGCAGCAGUGUGCUUUACAAGGACUGCUACCUUUGAGUCAAUUGGACUAUUUCCUAAACAAUCAAUUUAGUAGAAAAGAAGCGUUAUCAUGAUGUAAAGCAGGUGUGAAUAUUGUUUUGGGUAUUAUUACACUUUAAUAAUAAAAUUAAAACGCAACAGCACAAUUUGAGAAAUUUAAAUUAUCUUAACUUGCUUUUAUUGCUUACAUAGUGACAUUAAAGCAAGAGUACUUUUGUUUUGCAUGUUUAUCUGCUGUAGUGAUUGUUUAAAUAGUUUAACAUGUAUUUUUAGUUCCUUCCUUAUGUGAGAUUGGUUGUAAAUAUUCGACAUUUAAAACCUGUUUCAUCUAUAGAUCUCCAGGCCACUCAGAGUUAACUUGUCCCAAAAACACAAGAAUAUCCAUCACUUUAAGGACAAUCUUUGUUGACCAGCUCAUGUUAUUUAUAUUUUCAAAUGUGUCAGGACAUGGUUUAAAAACCUUUAGAAUCUGAUUGUAGUUUGUGAUUCAGAUUUUAACGAUCGAUUGUAAAGAGAAGCAAAGGUUUUCCGUUAUUAACAAAUAAAAUAAGAGUGUUGUGCAUCUGUUUUGCAUCUGACACAUAGUUAUAGUAUUUAUUAUUAUAUAAAACUUGGUGAACUGUUUUGGACCUAUUGUAUAUUGUUAAAAAAAAAUGAAGUCAUUGUUUGGUUUG